AUGAGCUUGGUCGGCAACUUUACCUCCAACGGCGACCGCGAGGCUGCCCAUAAUGGAGUCGCCUCUGUCGGCGCUGCGCAUCCCGCCGAGCGCACAGGUGCCGACGACUCGGACGACUCGACCAUCGCCGAGGAAACGCGCCUAAACACACACAACAACACCGGCGCCGACGUCAAGGGCUCAACUUUCACCACCACACAAAACUCCGAAGCUGUCUCUGAAGCAGACAGCGCCGAGAGGCGCAAUUCCGCCGUCCAUGCAUUAGCGCGGCGAUACACACAGCAGAGCACGACCUCUACCGUGCUGCAGAAUCCUUUCAACGCUACUAUAGGCUCGGCGUUGGACCCCAAUGGCGAGCACUUCAACGCCCGCGCCUGGGCCAAGGCCAUGCUGCAUACCCAGCUCGAGGACCCAGCUGCACCCCCGCCGCGCACCGCUGGUGUUGCUUUCCGGAAUCUCAAUGUGCACGGUUUUGGAUCCGAAACCGACUACCAGAAGAGUGUUGGCAACGUGUGGUUAGAGGGUCCCGGGCUCGCGAGGAAACUCAUGGGCAACAAGGGCAGCAAGAUUGAGAUUCUGCAGGACCUGGACGGUCUCGUCGAGGCCGGAGAGAUGCUCGUCGUUCUUGGUCCUCCGGGAUCUGGGUGCUCUACUUUCCUCAAGACAAUUGCCGGAGAGACGCACGGUUUCUUCGUGGACCAGAACUCGGAUGUCAACUAUCAAGGUAUCGCUGCGAAGCAGAUGGCCAAGGACUUCCGCGGAGAGGCCAUCUACACUGCCGAAGUCGACGUGCACUUUCCCAUGCUUACCGUCGGCGAGACCCUCUACUUCGCAGCUAAGGCUCGUGCCCCGCGGCACAUUCCCGGUGGCGCGACCGUGAACCAAUUCGCCGAGCACAUGCGAGAUGUCAUCAUGGCCAUGUUCGGCAUAAGCCAUACCAUCAACACUCGCGUCGGAAACGACUUCAUCCGCGGUGUGUCCGGUGGAGAGCGCAAGCGUGUCAGUAUCGCGGAAGCCAUGCUCAGCAAAGCUCCUCUGCAAUGCUGGGACAACAGUACCCGUGGUCUAGACAGUGCCAACGCCAUCGAGUUCUGUAAGACGCUACGCAUGGAGACCGAGAUCAACGGUGCCACGGCUUGUGUUGCUAUCUACCAGGCUCCGCAGGCUGCAUAUGAUGUCUUUGACAAGGCGCUCGUCCUGUACGAAGGCAGGCAGAUCUACUUCGGCCGCACAACAGAAGCCAAGCAGUUCUUUGUCAACAUGGGUUUCGAUUGCCCUGACCGCCAGACCGAUGCCGAUUUCUUGACAUCCAUGACAAGUCCUCUGGAACGUGUCGUCCGCCCCGGUUUCGAAGACCGCGUACCCCGCACUCCAGACGAAUUCGCCCAGCGAUGGAAGGACUCACCGGAGCGCGCCACGCUUUUGCUCCAAAUCGAAGAGUACAACCAGAGGUUCCCCGUCGGUGGCGAGCAGCUACAGAAGUUCAGGGAGUCCCGGAAAGCACAGCAAGCCAAGGGCCAGCGCAUCAAGUCACCGUACACCCUCUCAUACAUCCAACAAGUCCAUCUCUGCCUGUGGCGUGGUUUCCGACGACUAAUGGCCGAUCCAAGUAUCACGCUCACUCAACUCAUCGCUAAUUCCAUUCUGGGCCUCAUCAUCUCUUCCGUCUUCUACAAUCUCCCUUCGACCACGGAGAGCUUCUACUCUCGCGCUGCUCUUCUCUUCUUCGCUAUUCUCAUGAACGCCUUCGGUUCUGCCCUCGAAAUUUUGACCUUGUACGCACAACGACCAAUCGUCGAAAAGCAUUCUCGAUACGCGCUGUACCACCCAUCGGCUGAGGCGGUCGCUUCUAUGUUGACGGAUAUGCCCUACAAGAUACUGAACGCCAUCACAUUUAACUUGGUCCUCUAUUUCAUGACGAACCUGAGACGAACACCGGGCAAUUUCUUCUUCUUUGUACUGAUAUCCUUCCUUCUUACGCUCGUUAUGUCCAUGUUCUUCCGGUCCGUCGCAUCCCUCUCACGCUCUCUCGUGCAAGCUUUGGCACCCGCAGCCAUCUUGAUCUUGGGUCUUGUCAUGUAUACAGGUUUCGCCAUUCCUCCGAAUUACGUUCUGGGCUGGUCAAUAUGGAUUCGGUACCUGAAUCCUGUAGCCUACGCAUUCGAAGCUCUUAUGAUCAACGAGUUCCACAACCGCGAUUUCGCCUGCGUCAACUUUGUACCCAUGGGACCAGGAUACGAAAAUGCCUCUGGUGUUAAUCACGUUUGCUCCACUGUCGGAUCUCAGCCUGGCAAUCCCUUUGUCAACGGAGACGACUACAUCAACUCGGCUUUCGAAUACUACGCCAAGAACAAGUGGAGGAACUUCGGUAUCCUCUGGGUCUUCCUGUUCGGUCUCAUGGGCGUCUACCUCGCAGCCACCGAGUUCAUCACGGCCAAGAAAUCUAAGGGUGAAGUCUUGGUGUUCCGCCGCGGACACAAGGCCAUCAAGAAGAGCAGGUCCACCGAUGAUCUCGAGGCCGCACCCGCCGGCCGCAACGUCGCCGUCCAGAACCAAUCCGAUGACCUCGCCAUGAUUGAACGCCAGACCGCCAUCUUCCAGUGGCAGAACGUGUGCUACGAUAUCAAAAUCAAGAAGGAACCUCGCCGCAUCUUAGACCACGUUGAUGGUUGGGUUAAGCCUGGAACCUUGACCGCGCUCAUGGGUGUCUCAGGUGCUGGUAAGACUACGCUUUUGGACUGUCUAGCUACUCGUACUACUAUGGGUGUCAUCACCGGAGAGAUGCUUGUCGACGGCAAACCUCGUGACGACUCUUUCCAGCGGAAAACCGGUUACGCCCAACAACAGGAUCUCCAUCUGUCGACCUCUACCGUCCGUGAAGCUCUUACCUUCUCAGCUGUUCUCCGUCAGCCGGCGCAUGUUCCUCGUCAAGAGAAGAUUGACUAUGUUGAGGAGGUGAUCAAGCUUCUCGAGAUGUCUGAAUACGCUGAUGCCAUCGUCGGUGUUCCUGGCGAAGGUCUCAACGUCGAGCAGCGCAAGCGUCUUACCAUUGGUGUCGAACUGGCCGCUAAGCCAGCCCUUCUGCUCUUCCUCGACGAACCCACCUCCGGAUUAGACUCUCAGACCUCGUGGGCUAUUCUCGAUCUGUUGGACAAGCUGAAGAAGAACGGCCAAGCUAUUCUCUGCACUAUCCACCAGCCUUCUGCUAUGCUUUUCGCCCGCUUCGACCGUCUUUUGUUCCUCAAGAAGGGUGGCCAGACUGUGUACUUUGGUGAGGUUGGUCCGAACUCUAAGAUCCUGAUCGACUACUUUGUGCGCCAAGGCGGAAAGCCUUGCCCGCCCGCUGCCAACCCCGCUGAAUGGAUGCUCGAGGUCAUUGGUGCAGCUCCUGGAUCUUCUACCGAUAUCGACUGGCACCAAGCAUGGCGCAACUCGGACGAGUACGCCGCCGUUCAAGAACACCUCGCCGAGCUCAAGUACGAGCGCGGUCAGGCGACUGCGCUUGAACGCACUGUUUCAGCGCAGAAGCGUGACGACAAAGCCGCCUACCGCGAGUUCGCCGCACCCUUCGCAGAGCAGCUCCGCGAAGUUACCGUUCGUGUCUUCCAGCAAUACUGGCGCACUCCCUCGUACAUCUACUCCAAGACGGCGCUCUGUGCCCUCUCGGGUCUCUUCAUCGGUUUCUCUCUCUUCAAGACACCGAACACCCAGCAAGGUCUCCAAAACCAAAUGUUCGGUAUCUUCAUGCUCAUGACCAUCUUCGGCCAGCUCGUCCAGCAGAUCAUGCCCCACUUCGUCACGCAGCGCGCCCUCUACGAGGUCCGCGAACGCCCCAGCAAAGCCUACUCGUGGAAAGCCUUCAUGAUAGCCAACAUCACCGUCGAACUCCCCUGGAACACCCUCAUGGCCGUCCUCAUCUUCUUCUGCUGGUACUACCCCAUCGGGCUCUACGAGAACGCCGUCCCCACCGACGCCGUCACCCUCCGCGGCGCCCAGAUGUUCCUCUUCCUCUGGAUGUUCCUCCUCUUCACGUCCACCUUCGCCCACAUGGUCAUUGCGGGCGUCGAAAUGGCCGAAGCAGGCGGCAACAUCGCCAAUCUGGCCUUCUCCCUCUGCCUCGUCUUCUGCGGUGUGCUCGCCACCCCCGAGCAGCUCCCCGGCUUCUGGAUCUUCAUGUACCGCGUCUCCCCCUUCAGCUACAUGGUCGCAGGCAUGCUCUCCGUCGGCGUCGCAAACACAAACGUCGUCUGCGCGCAAAACGAACUACUCCACUUCGAGCCUGCCAAUGGCCAGACGUGCGGCGAGUACAUGGGCGCCUAUCAAAAUUCGACCGGCGGCUAUCCGCAGAACCCCUCCGCGACGUCGGGCUGCGAGUACUGCUCCAUCGGCGACACGAAUGUCUUCCUGGCUGGUGUCCACGCGGAGUACAGCCAUGUGUGGCGCAACUUCGGGCUGCUGUGGGUGUACGUCGGGUUCAACAUUGCGGGGGCGCUGUUCUUCUACUGGCUUGCGCGGGUGCCGAAGAAGGCGAAGAAGGAGAAGGAGGAGUUGUCUCCUGCGCAGGUGCAGGCUGAGGAGAGGGCUUUGGAGCGCGUGCGGACGAAUAGGUCGCGGCGCACGGGUGGGGGGGAGAAGGAGGAGAUUGAGCCGGCGCAGGCGGAGGCGCCGGAGGUUGUGAGGGAGAAGGCGUAG